AUGGCUCAUGGAGCGAAGAAGCAAUAUUGUGCCGGCUCGGCCGGGUUUGAGCCCUCACUCGUAUCCGGUGACUAUGCUCUGCAUGUUCAAAUCGCCGAGCUUCUGGAGGAUAACGACCUUCUGGGUGCUAGUCGAGUGUUAUUCAAGCUCCCGAAUAAUGACGAUUACGUAUACCAUGCAACCGCAAGUGUGAGCCUUGCUCAAGUUCAACACGUUGUACGCCUCGGGGGUGUCAACGGGCUGCAUAAUUGGUAUCGAAUGAUUGAUGGGACGCCCAACUUCAAAACGAACGCCAAGAAGAACUCUAUUCGCGCAGAUUGUGCCAACUGUCUCACCGACAAAAGAUAUAUACAUGCGGCCCUGGAACCAAAAUUAACCAUACCAAAAGUCAAAUCUUCGCCGAUUUACAACCCGUACUUCCAAUUCUGGGAAUGGUCUUGUCGCGCACUUGAGUGGUGUGGCCCGUGUGCAUCUUCCGAAAGAGUCGCCACAAGCCAUCAUGUGCUGCCGAUUUUCAUGCAUCAUUUUGGCUGCGCUACGCCCUCACACGAGAGCUUGGAGGUGUUAAGGAUCCUAGCAGAUGGCCGUGAUGUCGCCGACAUGGGCUCCGGAAACGGCUACUGGAGUUUUAUGCUGAGAGCGUAUGGUCUCAAAGUACACCCAGUAGACAACAUGCAAAGUGCGUGGCGAGUCUCUUGGGUUGGCGAUACAGUGAUUUCGGAUGGUGUCAAGUGGCUCAAGCGACAUGAACAUGGCAAGCACAUGGUCCUUCUACUUGUCUACCCCAUCGUUGGAGGCGGCAUACAAGAUGGCAUACAAGGCGCCUUUACAAAGGACUUGGUCAAUGCAUAUGACGGUGACACUAUAGCUGUGGUCGGCACACAGAACAAAAAUGGCUAUACUGGAUUCAUGAACAUGACCAUGGCUGAAUAUAUGAAGAAAGAACAGCCACACUGGACCAGAGUUGUACAGAUAGCACUUCCGAGCUUUGGCGGCAAAGACGAGGCGAUGUUUGUUUUUCAGAGAGGUGAACGCGCUGGAAAAUUGAAAAAGGAUCUAGCCGGUAGAAGUUAA